AUGGCGGCAAAAGGUACGGAGGCAGGAAAGGUAGGAAGACCGACAAGGCUGAGGAAGGAGAAAGAAGAGAAACAAAGGCAAUUAGAGUUUCCGAUGGGAGGAAAUGAGAUAAGCAAGACGGAAAAGAAAAAGGUGACUAUUACGGGGAUGGAGACAAGAAGAAGACGAGGGGUGGAGGCUGAAACAGAAGGUACAGAGAAGAGAAGGUCAGAAUCAGAAUUUGAGUUAGAAAAGAAGAGAUCCAAAGAAUUCAUGGAAGAAUGGAAAAAGAAAGAGCAAGUAUGGGAAAUCAGGAUAAGGAUCUUGGAAGAAAGGAUGGAAGAAAUAGGUAAAAUAGUCAAAGAAAUGAAAGAAAGAGAUGAAGAGAGAGAGGAAUAUUGGCUGUCGGAGAGAGAGGAAAUGAGCGGGAAAAGUGUAGCAAGUGCAGCGAGUGCAGUAAGUAGAAGUAUGAACAGCCACGUAAGCUCUGCGUCAGAUAAAAGCAUAGAUAGGUUAAGUGUAAGAGAGAUAUACAAAAUAAAAAGUCUCAUUUCCGACAAAGAAAAAGAGGAUAGAAAGAAGAACGUAGUCGUGAAAGGGAUAGUAGAGGAAAGAGAAUUAAAAAUGAUAAGGGAGGACCCGAAGAGGUGGGCGAAAUUCUUCUUCAAGAGUAAGUUAAGGUUGGAUUGCAAUGUCGAGCAAGGUAGAGUAAGCAACAAGGUCAUAGUAAUCAAACUAAGCAGCGAAGAAGAAAAGAGGGCGCACGACUUGACUUGGGAAGAGAGAAAAAUUCAGGAGGAAAUCUAUAAGUGGGUAAAAGAGAAGAGAGAAAAAGGAGAGGAGGUGAAAAUAGGGACAGGAAAGGUAAAGAUCCAAGGAAAGUGGAGACAAUGGAGGGACAUACAAAGAGAAAUGGGGACAGAUAAACGGAGAGAGGAAGAAGUGAAGGAGAUGGAGGAUAAGGAGGAUGCAGAGGAAGAGAACUAG